UGGAUGCAGUAAUAGCCUCCCGGUGAUGAAACGCUGAUCAGGAGGCAGAGGAAUAAAAAAAAGAAAAAGAAGAGGGAGAAAAAAGUUGUCAGGUCCGCUGAUUAUAAAUGAUGCGUCUGACCUUCCCAGGCGCAGACCGCGAACGCAGCUGGAUGGAAGGACAGAGAUGUGGAUGGACCUGGAUGAGCAGACGGGUGGAUGGAUGGACAGAUCCCGCCAGGACAGACCGAGCAGCAGCUGUGCCUGAGAUGAAUGAAUCCCUAACACGCAGGAUACACAGACCUCGUGGAAACAUUUCUUUUCUCAUAUACUCAGACAAGUCAAUUCCAUUUCAUGACAAAAUGAGUGGCCGCAGAAAAGGAGGGAAAGGACUCGGGAAAGGAGGCGCCAAGCGCCACCGCAAGGUGCUCCGGGAAAACAUCCAGGGAAUCACUAAACCCGCCAUCCGCCGACUGGGUCACCGUGGUGGUGUGAAACGUAUCUCCGGUCUGAAUUACAAGGAGACCCGUGGAGUGUUCUUGGAAAACAUGAUCCGGGAUGCCGUCACUUACACCGAGCACGCCAAGAGGGCCGCCAUGGACGUGGUGUACACCUUGAAGAGGCAGGGCCGCACCCUGUACGGCUUCGGCGGUUACAUCAACGACUGCUGGAUACACGACAACACAACGGCUCUUUUAAGAGCCACACAAUUUUGUCUGCAGAGCGUAUUUUUCUCACGUCUGUUUUAUACUUCUGUCUACAUCGUCUGUUAAGAAGGCAGGAAUAAGUUUAACCACUUAGACAGGGUCAAAUAUGACGUUUUGACGUUUGACUACAGUUAAAACACAUUAAUAAUAAGAUAUUGGACUUUUGCAUGGGUGCCACGAAUACUGUUUAAAUAUUGUUCUGCGUCAAAUCUGACCCAUUCACAAUGAAAUGGAUUUCAGAUCCGGCGUUGAGAAAAAUCCCACCGCAUUUGCACACCACUGCUUUGAAUACAAAGACUAGUUUGCAACAGGCAAAUACAUUUGGUCGGUGAAAUGUUUAAUGUUGACUCAAUAGUUACUAAUUUUUUAAUAUAUGAUUAAAUGUUAUAGUCCACAUGUUUGAUGUUUUCAUGAAUGGUUAUAUAAUA